CGGAGGGAAGAGGUGUGGGUGGGGUUGGAGGCCAUCAGCCCCGGAUGAGUCAGUCUCCGCUCUGCCGUGCUCACCUUGGGCCAGGCCCCUGGCCCCAACAUGGCCCGUCGCUCCCAGAGCAGCUCGCAGGGGGACAACCCAUUGGCACCUGGGUACCUGCCACCCCACUACAAAGAAUACUACCGCCUGGCGGUGGAUGCGCUGACUGAGGGCGGGCCAGAAGCCUACAACCGCUUCUUAGCAUCUGAGGGGGCGCCUGACUUCCUGUGCCCUGAGGAGCUGGAACAUGUGACCCGCCACCUGCAGCCCCCGCAGUAUGUGGCCCGGGAGCCCCCCGAAGGCAGCCCUCCUGAUGUGGACAUGGAUGGUUCCUCAGGAACCUACUGGCCAGUGAACUCAGACCAGGCUGUGCCUGAGCUGGACCUGGGCUGGCCCCUGACCUUUGGCUUCCAAGGCACGGAGGUCACCACACUGGUACAGCCACCGCCACCCGACAGCCCCAGCAUCAAAGAUGAAGCUCGGAGGAUGAUCCGCUCUGCCCAGCAGGUGGUAGCCGUGGUGAUGGACAUGUUCACCGAUGUGGAUCUGCUCAGCGAAGUGUUAGAGGCUGCGGCCAGGCGAGUCCCGGUCUACAUUCUGCUGGAUGAAAUGAACGCUCAGCACUUCUUGGACAUGGCAGACAAGUGUCGUGUCAACCUGCACCACGUGGAUUUCCUGCGCGUGCGCACAGUGGCAGGACCUACCUAUUACUGCCGCACUGGGAAGUCCUUCAAGGGCCAUCUGAAGGAGAAGUUCUUGCUGGUGGACUGUGCUGUAGUGAUGAGCGGAAGUUAUAGCUUCAUGUGGUCCUUCGAGAAAAUCCACCGCAGCCUGGCUCAUGUGUUCCAGGGAGAGCUGGUCUCCAGCUUCGACGAGGAGUUCCGCAUCCUCUUCGCACAGUCAGAGCCCCUGGUGCCCUCGGCUGGGGUGCUAGCCCGCAUGGAUGCCUAUGCUCUUGCGCCGUACUCCGGGGCCGGGCCCCUGGUGGGCGUCCCCGGGGUUGGAGCACCAACACCUUUUUCCUUCCCUAAGCGGGCGCACCUCCUAUUCCCACCGCCCCGGGAAGAAGGCCUGGGCUUCCCCUCUUUCCUAGACCCGGACCGCCACUUCCUGUCAGCCUUCCGCCGCGAGGAGCUGCAGCGCAUGCCUGGGGGUGCAUUGGAGCCCCACUCAGGGCUCCGGCCACUGGCGCGUCCGGCUGAGGCUGGACCCAUUGGAGAGCUCGCAGGCCCCCGGGGCUUCUUCCAGGCGCGGCACUUGGAGAUGGACGCCUUCAAGCGGCACAGCUACACCGCGGCCGACGGAGGUGGAGCCGUGGAGAACUUUGCCGCUGCGCGGCAGGUGUCACGACAGACAUUCCUCAGCCACGGUGAUGACUUCCGUUUCCAGACCAGCCACUUCCAGCGUGACCAGCUCUACCAGCAGCAGCAUUACCAGUGGGACCCACAGUUUGCACCCGCGCGCCCGCAGGGCCUCUUCGAGAAGCUUCGUGGAGGCCGACCUGGCUUUGCGGACCCUGAUGACUUUGCACUAGGUGCGGGGCCCCGCUUCCCAGAACUCGGUGCUGAUGUACACCAGCGGCUGGAAUAUGUGCCAUCCAGCGCAUCUCGGGAAGUACGCCACGGCUCGGAUCCCGCCUUUGGGACCAGCCCACGUGGUAUGGAGCCCAAUGGGGCCUCGCGCCCCAACCUGGGCCAGCGUUUUCCGUGCCAAGCAUCCAUGAGGCAAGGCCUGGACACCACUCCAGAGAUGGAGCCUGAGCGCAGGGGUGGACCCGAGGGCCGGGCCGGGCUCCGUCACUGGCGCCUUGCUUCCUACCUGAGCGGCUGCCACGGUGAUGGUGGGGAGGAGGGUCUGCCGAUGGAAGCUGAGGCCUAUGAAGAUGAAGUGCUGGCUCCUGGAGGCCGGGACCUGCUCCCCUCCGCCUUCCGCGCUCCUGUACCCUUCCCAGCCAAGGGACCAAAGCCAGGCUCGGGAAGCGGUGGUGGCGACAGCUCAGAGAGAGAGGGCGCAGAAGAGACAGGCCUGGCCAAGCAGGACUCCUUCCGCUCCCGCUUGAACCCGCUCAUCCAGCGCAGCUCCAGGCUGCGCUCAUCACUCAUCUUUGCCUCACAGGCCGAGGGUGCUGGUGGGACCACAGCAGCCACCACAGAAAAAGUACAGAUGCUACACAAAGAGCAGACUGUCAGUGAAACCGUGGGGCCCGGUGGAGAGGCCGUUCGUUCCAGCGCCUCGGCAAAAGUGGCGGAGCUACUGGAGAAAUACAAGGGCCCUGCCCGGGACCCUGGGGGCGCAGGGGGUCCCAUCACUGCCUCCAGCCACAGCAAGGCGGUAGUGGCCCAGUCCUGGCGGGAGGAGGUGGUAGGGCCCGGAGGAGCGGGAACUGAGCGCCGCAGCCUUGAGAGCUGCUUGCUUGACCUGCGGGACUCCUUCGCACAGCAGUUGCAUCAGGAGGCAGAGCGACACCCAGGAGCGGCAUCGCUGACCGCUGCGCAGCUGCUGGACACACUGGGCAGCACAGACCGCCUGCCUUCGCGCUUCCUCUCUGCCCAGGGUCGCUCCUUGUCGCCACAAGGGCGAGAUAGCCCUCCACUAGAAGGGCAGGGAACGCACCAGUUGCCUUAUUCUGAGCCAAAAGGGAGCCCCACCGCAGCUUACCCUGAGCGCAAGGGGAGCCCCACGUCUGGAUUUCCCAAUCGGAGGGGCAGCCCAACCACUGGGUUGAUUGAGCAGAAAGGGAGUCCCACUUCAGCCUACCCAGACCGCAGGGGCAGUCCAGUGCCCCUACCUGAGCGCAGGGGCAGCCCGGUGCCCCCAGUGCCCGAGCGCAGGGGCAGUCCAGUGCCCCCUGUCCCUGAGCGUAGAGGCAGUCUCACCUUCGCCGGGGAGUCUUCGAAGACUGGGCCUACGGAUGAGGUGGCCGGCGGCCCCAUGGAAGUCCUGCGAAAGGGCUCCCUCCGCCUCAGGCAGUUGCUGAGCCCCAAGAAUGAGCGGCGUGGGGAGGAUGAGGGCGGCUUGCCAGCUCCACAGGAAAAUGGGCAGCCCGAGAGCCCCCGGCGGCCCUCGCUGGGCCGGGGUGACAGCGCAGAGGCUGCUGCAGACGAGAGAAGCCCCAAGGUUCGCCUGACUUCGGCCACCGCCAAUGCCUUAUACAGCAGCAACCUGCGAGAUGACACGAAGGCCAUUCUGGAGCAAAUCAGUGCCCAUGGCCAGAAGCACCGCGGGGUCCCUGCCCCAGGCCCGGCUCACAGCAGUCCUGAGCUAGGUCGCCCGACAACUGCAGGGGACUUGGCCCCAGACAUGUCCGACAAGGACAAGUGUUCGGCCAUCUUCCGCUCAGACAGCCUAGGGACACAAGGCCGACUCAGCCGCACGCUGCCGGCCAGCGCAGAGGAGCGUGACCGGCUCCUUCGCCGCAUGGAGAGCAUGCGCAAAGAGAAGCGUGUCUACAGUCGCUUCGAGGUCUUCUGCAAAAAGGAGGAAGCCGGCAGCACCGGCACAGGAGACAACCAGGCAGAGGAGGACACCAGGGACAGUAAAAUGGGCAAGUUUGUUCCCAAGAUUCUGGGGACAUUCAAAAGCAAAAAAUGAGUCCUCCGGUCCUGGAGGCCAGGACUCUGCAUCACUGCCAUACAGCACUCACGGGACCCGUCUGGUACUGAUGGAGUGGUGACUGCCAGGCUGGUGUCAAAGCCGUUUGGGGCCUGGCUGACAACCACCCGAACUGAGCUCCACUUGAAUCCACCUGACAGCACACUGCCUCUCUCUCAGCUUCUGCUCCCUAGGAGCUCGGCCCCUCGGCCCAGUGCAUUUUCUCAUCACCCCCCCUCACCUCAGCCUCCACCAUCUCCUGGGCUCAGGUCCACUUUGGGGCUUAAUUCACCUCAGGGAUCCACAUCUCUGCCUUAUUCGCCAAUUUUUCAAGGACUCAACACUUUACGCCUCGGUUGCCUCUUAGAGCCUUUUAGCUCAGGGUUUUUUCUCAGGGUGUGCAUUUCCCUCACAAGCUCCUGGGUCCACUGCCUUCCUCUGGAGACAGCCUCCCUCCAUCCCCUGACCUCCAUCUCUCUCUCUCUCUGGAACUCACCUUCCCUGCCUCCACUCUGCCUCCUCACUGCCUCCUAGCACUUUCUUGGCAUCUGUCCUCUUGCUGUGGGGAGGGCAGGGAUGCUAGACAGGGCAGGCCACCGGGGAGUCGUUGCCAAGCACCUGCGGGGUCUGCCUUAAGUCGCGUCUGCCUUCUCCAGCAAGCCUCUGGCUAGCACCUGAAGAGGAGCCAGAGUGGGCAGCACUGGACUUCGCAGUACAAUAAAGCAGUCUGGACAGACUUUCUGCUA